CUCCCCCUGAAAAGUGAAAACCGCAUCAGCACAUUUCCCGUCUCUCUCUCUCUCGCCGAUAAAGGUAAGAAGAAGAUUCGCCGGUUGGAAAAAAUGGCGAUUUCGAGCACUUGGGUUCUGUCUCUGAAACUUCUGUUCAUUUCGACCGGCGUCGCAUCCGUAGCUUUUUUGAUGAACCUCUCUGUUCCAUUGAUAACCCACUUCGUACUCCACCAAAUCCCUCUCGUUUGGUCCACUUUCGUUUCCUUGUUGAGGCCUCCGUACCUCUACUUCGUCGUCAACGGCAUCAUCAUCAUCAUCGCCGCCACUUCGCGGUUCCACCACCACAAGCCCGACGACGGCAGGACCCAGUCGGAGCCGUCGGCGGUCGAGUUGAAGCCUCCGCCGUCGGAUCUGGUGCACUCAGGAUACUCCGCCGUCUCGACCCCGCUAGAGUUCGGCGUCGGCGAGUCGCCGGCGGUGUACGAGGACGAAGUUGUGGAGAAGACAGUGGUAUUGAAUGGCGAGGGGCCUGCGGGUGAGGAUGCCGCGUGGACGCCACCGCAGAGGAGUAUCUUGGCGGAGGCUGAACAACCGGAGUGUGUGUUGGCGUCGCCGGGGAAACCUCUGGUUUCUUCGAGGUUCGGUCACCGGAAACCGCUGAAAGCCAGUCCUGAAGGUGGGAGGUCGUUGAGGGUGGCGAAGCCGAAGCGGCAGGAGACGCUCGAAACCACCUGGAAGGCGAUAACGGACGGCCGCCACGUGCCGCUCACGAGGCACCUGAGGAAGUCCGAAACGUGGGAGAAUCACGGCCGUCAGUUCAACACCACCACCGAUCACUCUCCGCCGCCGCCGCAGAUCGUCUUGAAAUCGGAGACGCUCAGGGACCGAACGAACUACAACCCGCAGCCGGCGAAUCCCUCUCCGGGUUCGAGCAAGCUGCGGAAAGAGGCGUCUCUGAGUCAGGACGAGUUGAACCGCCGAGUCGAGGCGUUCAUUAAGAAGUUCAACGACGAGAUGAGGUUGCAGAGGCAGGAAUCAAUGAACCAGUAUAUGGAGAUGAUCAACCGCGGGGCCCAUUGAGUCAACAGCUUAAAUUAGUUUGUUGGGUUUUAUUUUAUUUUUUGGUUUAAUUUUCAAUGGGUUGGUUAUAUAGUUGGAUAAAACAAAAGGAGGAAAAGAAAAAAAAAAAAAACCUCACAUAGACUCUAGAAUUAUAGGGUUUGUUUUUUUAUUUGUUUUGGGGUUGAAAAAGAUAAAAGGUGUGGCAAAGAAGCUAUUUGAUUAAUUUGUUUUUUGGAUAUUUAUUUUGAUUAGAUUAGAUUAGGUGGCUUGUGUAAAGGAUCGUUAUAUGUGUGUCUAUUAUGCUAAACCUAAAGGUGAAUUGAGAAUUAUAAAUUAGUAGGAGCA